UGUGACAAGGGGAGAUCCCAGCACCUCCUCCCCAGGCUUGGGGAUCACAGAUCCAGUGAGUGAUCAGUCAACAUUUAUUAAACACCUGCUGUGUGCCAGGCUGUAGUCUGAAGCAGCUUCCAGUCUAAAGAAGAAGAUGCAGGGCGGGACUGGAAGGGGAAACAGGGGAGGAGGAAGAAGGCUGCAGCCACCAGGCUGGGGAACAAUUGGUGUGUGGCCCCUCCCCCACUGUGGACCGACUACAUUUCCCAGAAUGUCUGUGUGAUGACUUCACGAACCUCUUGGCGCCUCCCUUUGUGGCCCUCCGGGGGCAUGCUGGGAAUGUCACGAGGGCUGUCUCCUUUCCUGGAUUGCUCCCUCGUGUUUCCUGGAUCUUUCUUCCUUUAGGGAGCUGAGGAAGUGGAGUGAACUAGUGCACAGGCGCGGCCGGAGCUCCCUGCUCUGGCGGAGAAGACUUUCUACUCUGUAUGUCCUGCGAGGAGAGAAGACGCGGGUGGCCGCGUUGCGGGUGUACAAAGAGCAGGUCUCCCCACCUCGGGGCUCCCACCCCCCCCUGAAGGAGCACAAUCUGUCUGGAGCAGAGACCCCAGAGCCAGAGGGAAUGGCCCCCGGGACCCUGAGGUUCCCUUCCCAGGGGUCAAUCACAUUGAGGGACGUGGUUGUAGACUUCACAAAGGAGGAGUGGUGCCUGUUGGAUCAUUCUCAGAAAGAGCUGUACAAAGAGGUCAUGCUGGAGAAUGUGCAGAAUCUACAAUAUGUGGGGGUUACAGUUCUCCGAGAAAAUUUUGUCACCUGUUUUCAGCAAGGGCAGUCACCAUCGCUGCCAGAACAAAAAGACCAAUGGGUCUCCUGUCCAGAGGCAGAGACUAAUUUUGAAGUGAAGGAGAGAUGUACCAACCUGAAUAUAUUUGUAGAAGGAUCUCGCCUCCAGAAGUUCAUCAAUAAGGGUCUUUGUGACUUUAUUGUGAGUGAAAUCUGUGAGUCUGAUAAUAAGGUAAAUAAAAUUCCAAUGAGUGACUAUGAAUUUGUUGAAACUGCAGAGAAAUUCAGCCAAUAUUCAGUACUAAAUCAGCAUAUGAAAUUGAACUUGGGAAAUGAUUCUUCUCAGAAUAGUGAAUACAGCACAUGUUUUCCUGAAGAAGUAGAAUUUAUUCAGUUGCCAGAGAAACCUCCUGAAUUGCUCAUGUAUCAAGGUAACCUAGGUGAAAUGGCAUUUGAUUCGAGUUUAGAACUCAUUAGCCAUCCAAAAAGGAAACGUAAAAAGAUGCUUACUGUGAAUAAUAAAGUUGGGAGACCUUGCCGUCAAAUCUCUGAGUUUUGUUCUAAUCAAAUAUGCCCCUCUGGAGAGAAGAAGCCUUAUGAAUGUACACAAUGUGGAAAGGCUUUUACAGUUAGUACCAACCUUACCAGACAUCAGAGAAUCCACUCUGGAGAGAAACCUCAUGAAUGUAAACAAUGUGGAAAGACUUUCACUCGGAAGUGCCAUCUUGCCAGACAUUUUAGAAUCCACACUGGAGAGAAACCUUAUGAAUGUAAACAAUGUGGAAAGGCUUUCCCACGAAAGAGCUGUCUUGCUAUACAUCAGAGAAUCCACACUGGAGAGAAACCUUAUGAAUGUACACAGUGUGGAAAGACUUUCACACAGAGACACUAUCUUGCUUCACAUCAGACAAUCCACACUGGAGAGAAACCUUAUGAAUGCACACAGUGUGGUAAGACUUUCACAGAGAAGGGCUCUCUUCGUCUACAUUUGAGAAUCCAUACUGGAGAGAAACCUUAUGAAUGUACACAAUGUGGAAAGGCUUUCACUCGUAAGUGCCAACUGGCUUCACAUCAGAGAAUCCAUAAUGGAGAGAAACCUUUUGAAUGUAAACAAUGUGGAAAGGCUUUCAUUCAUAAGUGCCAACUGACUUCACAUCAGAGAACCCACACUGGAGAGGAACCUUAUGAAUGUAAACAAUGUGGGAAGGGUUUCCAACAGAAGGCUUCUCUCAUUGUACAUAUGAGAACCCACACUGGAGAGAAACCUUAUGAAUGUAAACAAUGUGGAAAGGCUUUUAGAGAGAAGGGUUCUCUUCGUUCACAUCAGAGAAUCCACACUGGAGAGAAACCAUAUGAAUGUAAACAAUGUGGAAAGGUUUUCAAACACAAGGGCUCUCUUACUUAUCAUCAGAGAAUCCACACUGGAGAGAAACCUUAGGAAUGUACACAAUGUGGAAAGAUUUUCACAGAUAAGGGCUCUCUUCGUCUACAUCUGAGAAUGUAUACUGGAGAGAAACCUUAUGAAUGUGGACCAUGUGGAAAGGCUUUUAGAACUAGAUCUCAUCUUUGUAAAUGUCAGAGAGUUCGCAUGAGUGAGAAACCUUAUGAAUGUAUGUAAUGUGGAAAGGCUCUCUCACUGAACAUCUAAGAAUCCACACUAUGAGAAAUUUUGUGGAUGUAAACAGUGAGGGAAGGCUUUCACAGUGGGGAAAUGUCUUUCUGUACAUCAGAGUACCCACACUGCAAAAGAAACCUUAGGAAUAUAGGCAAUGUGGAAAGGCUUUCACACUGAAGAGUCAUAUUGCUACGCAUCAGAGCAUCCACAUUGGAGAGAAUCAAGUUCCAUAGUUGUUUUAUUUCAGAAAAUCCUCACUGUAGAGAAACCUCAUGCAUGAUACUGACCUUAUAAUUGCCACUUUAACUUAUUUAACAUUAGAAAAUCUGCACUAGAGAAACUGUAGGAAUAUGAUCAAUGUAGUAAGUCCUUCCGGCAACAAUCAUGUUAUUCCCAACUGAGAAUUCCUUUUGGAUUGAAAUCUUAUUCCUCUCAUUUAUGAAGAAAGACAUUGAAAUGGAGAGUCCUGAGUUUGUUCAAUAUAAGAUGAUGUCUUCUGAACAGAGAAGUUCCAGAUGGAUUCCCUAUAGGAAGGCUUUCAGCCAGAGAUCAUCUCUUACUUCAUGUCAGAGGAUUCAUAGUGCAGAAAAACCUGAUGAAUAUUCUCAAAUUGAAUAUGUUCUCUAUAGGAGGAGGGUGAUCAUUAUUACUUAGAAAACCAGAAAAGUCUUUUUGCUAGAGCCUAGACUUUAUAUAUGGUUCCAAAGAGGAGCCCUCAUUAAAUACCCCAAUAUUCUUAAUUUGCGAAAAAAUGUUACAAUAAUACUUUUUCUUUGAUAUUCUAAUGCUUGUGAUUCUUCACUAUUUGCCGGCAUUUGUGUAUUAAAGUUUUUUUCUCACUCUAGUUAAUUGGCCCUAGUUUCCUGUCUUUUGCUGUCACAUAUAGAUCUCAUAGAAACAAAAUAAGAAUGCAUGAGAAAGAUGUUGAAGGAUGGGGACCUGAGCCCUACUGCUCAUUCCAUUCUAUCCAUGGUGUCAGACUCAUGAUGCAUUUGGCUGAUUUCUGGGUGUGAACAUAAGUCCCACCCCUGUGAUGAUGUAAUAAAGGAGAAUUUGAGAUGUCCAAGACCACCUUAUUUUUGGAAAUGUCAAAUAAUGGACACUCAGGUGCCAUCCUAAGGUUAAGCUGUCAGGCUAAGGAGAAACAGGACCCAAGUUGCUUCAUAAACAAGAGGCAAGGUACCCCAUUUUCUGGGAAUGAUGUUGAUAGAGACACAUUUUUUUUUAAGGGAAUCUCAUGCCCCUUUGAGAAAUCAUUAUUUUCAGAGAAGUACCCUCAUUCUACAAAAAUGGACUUGAAUCCAGCACAGCAAUCCCCAGAAGUCCUUGGUCCACUUCUCCAGAAUGCUUUUUAAUAUCACUGAUUUCUCACCUGGGCCGAGAUCUAGAUUGGGUGUUUAACCUGAUUGUAAAGGCUUUUGUGGGCUUUUCCUGUUUCCACUUGCAAGCAGACACGGCUCCUUUCAUAAUGUAGGUGAGGUUGUCUAGGCCCGUGGGCCUAGACAUGUGCUUUCUUAUCUCAUAUUUUCUUUUAUCCUUAAUCUUCAAUAAACCUCUUAAAAUAUACUCCUUGCAGAGAGAAACUAAUUUCUACCUUCCUCAGUUCCAAAAAUUUUAAUCUUAACAAUUUUGGCAACCUAACGGAAAAAUGAAAUACUCUCAAUCUUCUGAUUCUUUUCCUUACUGAUCUUUAGUUCAGCCUUUAAUAGCUACUGCCUACAUUUUUUAACUACGUUCUUCAAGAUGCUUUUUUAGAAAACCAUCUUGAUCAACUCCUGUCAGCAGCCAUGUGCUUCAAAGUUCUUGAGCCGUUCCCUCCCACCGGCUUGCCUGCUUCUCCCUGCCUGCAGCCCCCGUUCCUGACGUUUCUCCGUCUUCACCUGGUGCUUUGGCUCCCGGCCCUGUGUUCUUGUCCCUGCCCACCCCAGUGGUUUCUUGUCCAUCUGGCCCAGGUGAUUCCAGUCCAGCAAAACCUGGCCUCCGACCCUGACGACUCAUCGCCCCAGCCCCAGCACUGAGGAUGCUGGUAGCAGAUCUAGUUUCUUCAGGAUCAAAAACCAGCUGGUAUAAAACAGGGGUAUUGACCACAUGGGAAGAUCAUAGGAGGAGAGAUAGAAAAGGGAGAUAAGAAACAGACUUUUCCAAACAGGAACUUAAAAGCAAUGGGCUAUUUAAAAGGAUACCUUUUGACUGUUCUGGUAAUUUCAUUGAAUUUACCUGCGUGUCAGAAGAAAGAUUUGGCCCAAAGAUUCAACUUUACCUUUGAAGUUUCAAAUGGGUGGCUCAGCGAACUGAGAGCCAGGCCUACAGACAUGGGGUCCUGGAUUAAAAUCUGGCCUCAGAUACUCUCCAGCUGUGGGGCCCUGGAUGGGUCCAUUAACCCUCAUUGCUUAGCGUUUACCACUCUGCCUUCCGACAAUAGACAUUUAAAUGGAUAAGAGCCCAAGGAACUUUAAAGAGAUAAUGAUAAGGUAUUUCAGACUCCAAUGGUUUAUAAAAAUCUUUGUAUUUCUAUUUCAUUUUCCUGAUUGUUUUGUUUAAUAUAUAAUUUUGUGAUUUUAAAUUCAUAUAUUACUGGAUUCAAUAUUAUUCUGUUAUACUGUUCAUUUAAUGUGCUGAGUUUUAAAAUUCUAUUGCUUUUCCCUAUAACUAUAUUGAGAUCAUAGUAAUUAAGCCCAUAUAUGAAAAAACAGCCAUUGUAUUUUUACCUUUGUAAAUUGUCACAUAGAGGAUAGAUGGACUUCUUCAGAACUAGUUACAAUUGCUAUAACAACCGUUGGAAAAUUUAAUGUGCUAAAUAUCUCAACUGAUUUUAAGGGUUUUUUAAACAUGAUUUUUGGAUUUUAUGUGGUGCUCCAGAUGCUACUGGGUCCAGUUGAGCAGAAAAAUAAGCAAUUGGGUGCUGAGAAGGUCCCAAAGUCUGAGUUAAAACACCAGAAUCUACUCUUCACUCAUGCACAUACAAAGUAAAUGGUUUGUUGUAAUCUGGGAUGCCUAGAGCAGUGGCAGACAGGAUAGCCUUUUUUAGAUCUGAUAGAGCUAACAAGUGUUCAGGCUCUAAUUUGAGGGGUUCAGGAACUGAAUCUUUUGUUAGUGCUAUAAGGGGUUUAGUAAUUUCCCCAUAGCAAGGAAUCCAUUGUCUGCAAAACCCUGUUGCUCCUAAAAUAGCUCUCAACUGUUUCUUAGUAGUAGGCACGCUUAAAUGUUUACUAUCUUCUUGACAUGUUUCUGCGUCUGUUGAAGCCAAGAGUAGAUCAUCUACAUAUUUGAUUAAUUUACUAUUUUUAAAUGUUAUAUUGUUUGUGUCUUGGCUCAAAAUUUGCUCAAAUAAACUUGGACUUUUGACAU